CUUAGCAGGCGCCGGGAGGACCAACGAACGUUUCCGAAUUCGCCGCAGAUGGCUCAGCGGAGGCCGGACCCGUCGUCACCGCCCCCCCACAGACUCCGCCCCCGCUGCGUCGACGCUCAGGCUCCGCCCCCGCUGCGUCGACGCGCGUACAAUGGCGUCCCUCAGAGCGCCCGGACAUGCGCACUUCCCCGGCACGAGCGGGAGGACACACGCGCGACCCGGAAGGCCUUCCCCCACACUCCGAAGCCGGCGCGAGGGGGGCCGAUGGCGGAGAGUGCGGCGGAGGCCCCAGCAAAGAAUGGCGGCGGCGGCGACUCAGGAUCCGGCACACUGGAACGGGGAGUGGCGCCCAUUAAACCUCAAUACCUCACCACCAAGGAGCAGUUCCACAAAUUUCUGGAAGCCAGAGGUCAGGAGAAGCCCAGCCAGGAAACCGACGCAGGAGAUCCUGAUGGCUGUGACCUGGCUGAGCCUGAGGCCAAGCGGAUCCGACUGGAAGAAGGGCAGGUGGGAGAUGGGCAGACAGAGGAGGCAGCUGAGCCCAGGGAGCAGCCUCAGGCUCAGAAGAGAGCCCGGGGCCAGAACAAGGGCCGGCCCCACGUGAAGCCUAACCACUAUGACAAGAAUAGGCUUUGCCCCUCCCUGGUCCAGGAAUCGGCCACGAAGUGUUUUUUUGGCGACCGCUGCCGCUUCCUGCAUGAUGUGGGCCGCUACCUGGAGACCAAGCCUGCUGACCUGGGCCCCUGCUGUGUACUGUUCGAGACCUACGGCAGGUGCCCCUAUGGUGUGACCUGCCGCUUCGCUGGAGCCCACCUGGGGCCCGAGGGCCAGAAUCUGGUGCAGAGGGAGGUGGCCCAGGCCCCUCCCGUUCGCAACGGCCUAGACAAAGCGCUGCAGCAGCAGCUGCGAAAGCGUCAGGUCCACUUUGAGCGUGCUGAGCAGGCCUUACGCCAGCUAGGCAAGGGCCACCUGCCAGGCCCCAUCCCUCCUGCCACAGUCCCUGAGGGUGCCCCAGGGCAGGACAUCUGUGACACCCAGCAGGCCCCCCUGGAGCCAGGCACCAACCCCCCUCCCGGCAGCCCUGUGCAAACCUGUGGGCCUUUGACGGAUGAAGACAUAGUCAGGCUGCGGCCCUGUGAGAAGAGGCAGCUCGACAUCAGUGGCAAACUGUACCUGGCCCCCCUCACCACGUGUGGGAACCUGCCCUUCCGGCGGAUCUGUAAGCGCUUCGGGGCCGACGUGACGUGCGGGGAGAUGGCUGUCUGCACCAACCUGCUGCAGGGCCAGACGUCUGAGUGGGCCCUGCUCAAACGCCACCAGUGCGAGGAUAUCUUUGGUGUCCAGCUGGAGGGCGCCUUCCCUGACACCAUGACCAAGUGUGCAGCCAUUGAGGUGGACUUUGUGGACAUCAACGUCGGCUGCCCCAUCGACCUUGUGUACAAGAAGUUUCCCCACCUGCACAGCAUGAACCAGGUGCUGGAUGUGCCGCUGACCGUGAAGAUCCGCAUGGGCGUCCAGGAGCGUGUGAACCUGGCACACCGGCUGCUGCCCGAGCUCCGGGACUGGGGGGCAGCCCUGGUCACGCUCCAUGGCCGCUCUCGAGAGCAGCGAUACACCAAGCUGGCCGACUGGCAGUACAUCGAGCAGUGCGUGGCGGUGGCCAGCCCCAUGCCCCUGUUCGGAAAUGGGGACAUCCUUUCAUAUGAGGACGCUAACCGUGCCAUGCAGACCGGCGUCGCUGGGAUCAUGAUUGCCCGCGGCGCCCUGCUCAAGCCAUGGCUGUUCACGGAGAUCAAGGAGCAGCGACACUGGGACAUCUCGUCUUCCGAGCGCCUGGACGUCCUGCGCGACUUCACACGCUUCGGCCUGGAGCACUGGGGCUCAGACACCCAGGGCGUGGAGAAGACCCGCCGCUUCCUUCUCGAAUGGCUCUCCUUCCUGUGCAGGUACGUGCCAGUGGGCCUGCUGGAGCGGCUCCCACAGAGGAUCAAUGAGCGGCCCCCAUACUACUUGGGCCGAGACUACCUGGAGACACUCAUGGCCAGCCAGAAGGCCGCUGACUGGAUCCGCAUCAGUGAGAUGCUGCUGGGACCCGUGCCCCCCAAGUUUGUUUUCCUGCCGAAACACAAGGCCAACGCAUACAAGUAGCUGCGGGCUGGGAGGGGUGUGGAGGCCCCCUGCUGUGUGAGAAGACAAUAAAUUUUAUUCUUUCAAAA